UGUAAGAAUUACGGUGUCCGGAACCAAUGCCACUCUAGCGUUUUGGUGGGUGACCUUAUGAUGUAGCACCGGAGCCGAACCUCAGGAUCGUGGAAGGGCAUCACAGAAGUAAUCAUGUAUAGAUUUUUAUUGCGAACAGUAUGUACGGCUCGAACUUCUUCAGCCGGUGCAUUUGAGUCGUGUGUGUUGCUACCUAAAUGUGACAACUCUGCAGCUCCUCUUUUAAGGGUUGCCAAUGGAGGUGGAGUGAAAGCCCUCAGCACAAGCUCAGUCAGACUCUGUGACAAGAAAAACGAUGGCACCAAUUCUAAUCAAGUUGAGAAAACAAAUGAAGACGGUGAGCCAGCAGAAGUUUCAACUGUGGUUACACCGAAAGCUGAAGAGGACAGCAACAUUAUCAAGGUGGUUGAACAUCGGGAGGAGGAGCCGCCGGUGGUGAUAAAGACCAGUGAUGAAAGUACCACACAGCCGCAGAUGGAUGUUAAAAUCAAGCCUGUCAUGGCAACGCCCAAACAAGUGAUGGCUAAACCAGCUAAGAGUGGGAAAGAGAGUCUCCUCGACCUUCUUGGGGCCAUGAAGGUAGACGUAACUAAUAAGAGGAAGCUCAAAAACAUGGUAGUUAAGUCAAGUUAUGAGUCUACACCCAAGUCAAAGCCAGCAGCUAUGGAGAGCACUAUCAGUAUGUUUCAGAAGGCCACAGAGGAGGCUUCAUUACUGAGAGAGGCACUGGACCCUGAACUGGUUGCAGCUGCGUCUGCGGCUGCCUCCACUAUGGCUGACCGCAGCCAAGCAGAGUCUGAGCUGCUCCGGCAGCUGAGGGACCACGAGACCAUCACUGAGGCCCAGAAGAAAGGGGACAUGAACCACCUCGGAGGCAUAAUCGCUAACAUGAAAGUAGGAAAGAAUCCCAACCGACAGAAAACCCGGCCAUCUAAUCAGAUCCGGUUUGAUGACGACGGGCAAGGAUACACACAUGACCGAGGAGUCACCGCUGAGCUGGACGGGAUUCGGAGGAGGAUAAACUUGUUCUCGGGGAGAAGACUUAACAUCUUCUCUCCCGCUUCUGAUGAAGAUGGAGUUGAAUCAACAGUUGCGCGGCCAACUCUAUGGGACAUGGACUUUGCUAAUCAGUUGUCCCUGUUGACGAACCAAUUACCCCGCAACGGACUUGAGGAAAUGAUCCAGUGGACCAAAGAAGGGAAAAUGUGGGAAUAUCCAAUCAACAAUGAAGUUGGCCUUGAGGAGGAAGCCAGUGUGCCGUUCCAUGAGCAUAUCUUCUUAGAGAAGCACUUGGAGGAGGGUUUUCCUCGGCAGGGACCAGUACGUCACUUCAUGGAGCUGGUGGUGGCCGGCCUUUCCGGAAACCCAUUCCUCACAGUCCAACAGAAGAAGGAACACAUUUCCUGGUUCCGAGACUACUUCCAAGAGAAAGAAGAAGUCCUCAAGGAGGCGGACGUUUACCUCAAAUGAGUUUAGGACAAUUAGCAUACAUUUUCAACGUUUGUUGAGGGUGGACUAAUUAAACUACGUCCUGCAUUUGUGAUCAUUUUCACUCAUACGGGUUGGAUUUCUUAACACCAGGAGGCCCGUGAGGGAUGACUGGCAUCAAGUUUGUACUGCUGUACUGCUGGACAGUAUGUACUGUCUCUGUUGUUCAGACUACAGAACAAUUGUUAAAAUGUUGCUUUAAAGGGGUUUGUACAAAGUACUGUGCUAAUAUAAAACAACGAAAGUACAGGA